AGCUGCAAAUGGUGGUACUGUCGCAAUAAUAUUUUGUAUCUGUGCCUGAUUCGGCAUUUAAGUUAGGUUAUGUUAGUUUGUUAUUUGUUUAUUUCUUCUCAUCUCAAUUUUUACAUGUAGUAGAAGUGGUUUUAAAAAGCGAAUGUUAAUUAUAGGUUUUGUUAUUAUCAUUUAAAGGUACGUAGUAACUUAAAGACAAUGUUUAUUAAGUUAUUCUAGUGUCGCUACUAAAAUGAUGAUACUAAAAUAUUGUGUAUUUAAAGUUCUGCUAUGUUAGUUGCAAUUAAUUGAAAACGCAAAAAUAAGCUUUAUAUAUAUAACACGGAAGGACGAUUAAUUACAUAUCUACGUGUAAGAAAACAACUGAUUAAGUAGCUACGAGUGGAAAGAUGGAUAUUGAAUUAAUUCAAGAAACUCCUACUGUCAUACCAAAUGCAACUUCAAUUGUUAAACGCAUAAUAGAAAAAUGUAAAUAUGAAGCAGACAGUAAUAUGUUGGCUAUACCUUUACAAGACGUUGAAGCAAGAGUUUCUGACUAUACCGGGAUCCCUACAACAAAAAUUCAGCAACUAAUAAAUAAAGAAAAUAUUUCUAACACAUGUUUCUACGAUUUUGAAACACGAAUCAUGAUUUUGAAAUGCCUCUUGAAAUUAUAUUCACUAUUUGAAAUACCUACGUAUCGAAAACUUUUUAACGAAAUGAAUGAGUUGAAACUUGACAUACAGGACUAUGAGCUUUUCAAAAACGAAGUCACUUUAUUGGGCUUUGAGUAUAGAACUAUUUGUAAUAGUAAUAACCAGCAAUUACUAAUGGAAGAUCCAGAAAUAACAUUUCAGCGGAACUCAUAUCUGGCAAAAAUGUUAAAAUUUCGAGAAUCGAAUACUUUGGUAUAUUAUAUUGGCGAGAGAAUUGUCGACGAAGAGAAGAAAUUUUGUAAUCUUUCUCACCAAAACGCUGAUGAACUUGCUCUUAGCAGAAAUUAUCUAGUGUUUCAUGCAGUGUCUCGACUCGGUUCAACCAGCUGCAUAUUUACCGUUAAUGCGACCGAAAAUGAUUACUUCAAUUGGAUUGUAGACAUUUUACUCGAACGAUUAGAGCCUUCUAGCGUUAUCGUUUUACAUAAUAGUCCUCUCCUUGGAACCCCGCCAAAGCCCAUAUCGAUAAGUGACACAAAAAAUGCUAUGUACAAAUGGUUAAUGAGUCACAACAUACCUUGCAUUAAAUCUAUGAGUAAAUUUCAAUUAUACGAUCUAAUAAAACGGAAUCCAGCCGGUGAAGAAAUGAGCCGAGUCGAGCGCGUUUUGAAAAUGAAUGGACAUGAAGUGUUACGUUUGCCAACACAUUUCGAAGACUUGUCGGUUAUUGAUUUACUUUGGAAAGAUUUGGAAUUCCCUGUACUACAAUUUGAUCUAAAAGAAUUACUCUUAGCGCACCUUAAGGAGAUACCAACAACAAAAUAUGUUUAUUACGAGAAUAUAAUUGUAAAUAGAGAAGUGGAAGUUCAUGGAAUCGAUGUUACCUUGGAAAAUAAUUUAGAACAUUAUUUACUACGUUUGUAAAUUCUGCUUAUGCUCAUUUCAAAUAAAUAUAUAAUAAUAUAUUUUUGUGUCUCGUGCAUAUCCAAAAGUAAAUUUUCCAACUCCAUAUUAUUAUUUUAAUGCAUUUCAGUUUAGUACCUACUAUUUGCUCUUUUCUAAAAACUGUCUCAUAAUAUUUAUUGGUGUAUAAGGAGCCUACAAAUUAAAUAGUUAUUUAUUUUAUUAUUGUCAAAUAUCCAUUGCAAAAUAUAUAGCUUUCAAAGUGCUUUGUUCAGCAAUAUGGCAUCGAAUCAUUUGGUGACGUCACACAAUUAUAAGUACCGUUUGCGGAGAGCAGGUCGAAUUGAGAACUUAGCCGUUGGAUGUAUAUUAAUGAACACAGGCUGUAAUUUUCUAGAAAAAAAGGAAUGUUAAACGUUCUACAGUACCUACCCCUUUUAGUGUGCACACAUACGAGAAAGCUAUAGUAUAACCAUUCUAAAAAAUGGUAAAGGUCCCACACACAAUUUUAUAUUGUUCCUGAAAUGCCUCAGACAUUAAUUACAUACAUACGUUUAUGGUUGUAAAAAAAUCUUUAAUUGAGAAAGAAAGCCUUCCUUAAUCCUAGCUUUGCUACUUGCUCUAUGAACAGACAAGAGACUAAACCGCUUAUGAUCAUGUGGCUAGAAACUUUAAUUUUAUUUAUUUAGAGUUUUUAGGUGAAAAUAUUCAACACAAAAUUUACCAUUAAUGUUAAUCGAUUUUGAAUUCUAUCAUCAUCAUUCUAGCCAUUUCACAACUAGGUAUGUCCGAGUCAGCUUCCAAUCUAGCCGGAUGCAGCUAAGUACCUACCUGUGCUUUUCAAGGAGCCCGUCUGACCUCCUCAACCCAGUUACCUGGGCAGCACGAUACACCUUAGCAAGACUGGUUGUCAGACCUUCUAACGUCUGACUACCCGUAACAACUGUCAAAGAUGAAUGGAUAACAUCCGGAAACCAGAAUUAUUAUAAAAUAAAUGGUCACCCGAAAUGUCCUUGUCAAUUAUAGCUUUACCUGUGAUCCCCUCUUAUCGCUAGGAAUAAAUCUUUAAUUUUAAUUCUAUCAAAUAAGCUAAUAAUAGACGAGUAACAAGACCUCUAUUAAGUUUCAAUGUAGGUACCUAUAUGACGUGCACCUGCCUAACCUUUCUGAUGAAAACACUUUUAUGCAAAAUAAAUAAUGAAGUAGGACCGACAGUUUGCCGACGUGUGGUUAAUUGUUACAAAACGUGUUUAAUUUUCAUUUGUUGCCGGCGUUGUCAGCGGUAAACGACAACGGGCGAAACCGGAUCGCCAGAGGCAAUACAAUCGAUUUUAAACGUAUAUAUUUGCGAUAGUCCAACAAUUUCGUUACAGCUUCAAGCGUUUAUAAGGGACUAAUGAAGUCAAAGAGAUACAAAAAAAUAGACUAUUGGUAUGACAAGCACAGAGAUAAUCCUGUUGCAUAGUGACUAUCUCAUAGGUAAAAUAAUCAUUUUGUAUUUUAAAUACGGGAACAUUAUGAGCUUACUAUAGAUAGAUAGAUUUUAAUUUUACUUGCAAAGAUAAGAAAUAAACAAUAGCCACAACAACUUACAACAACCCAGUUAUAAGGUGUUAAAGUUUUAAUUUGAAGAACAUAAAUACUUCUUAAAACAGGGAUCAGAAAUGACUGAUCAGUUGUUAGGUAACACUUUCCAAUAAAUCUUGAUCAAUUUGCUAAUUACUGAACUAACUUUAUUCUAAGUGUGAGUAAUAAGUAAAUACCUACAGCUUACUUUAUUAAAUAGGUACUUUUAUAGACAACUAUCUGAACAAUACAAAGUAAUAGCCUCAUUAAUAUAAAUUGAUUGAACCUGAAGUCCAGUUACAAUUUUAUUGUACAAACCAUUCAAAACAAACAGAGUUUUCACAGGUAAAAAUUGGAGUUCAGUAGUAGGUACCUAUAUGGUCAAAGUCAAA